CGGCUGACUUGGAGCCCGCAGUUCGUGACCUCAUCCGAGAGUACCAUGACGUUUUCCCAUCGUCGUUCUCGUACGCCGGCAUCYCACCGAUGCGUGACGUCGAGCACUYCAUUCAGCUCGUGCCUGAMUAUCGUGUUCACCACCAGGCAMCCUACAGACUCUCGAWCCCYGAGGCCACCGAACUCAAGCGUCAGCUUGAGGAGCUCCUGAGACUGGGUUUCAUUAAACCCAGCAACUCCCCGUGGGGUGCACCCGUCCUCUUUGCUCGCAAAGCGGACGAAACUCUCCGUCUCUGCAUCGACUAUCGCGGUCUCAACCGCUACACGGUUAAGAACAGCUACUCCAUGCCUCGUUCCGAUCAGCUGUUCGACCGCCUAGCAGGCAACCGCUUCUUUACGAAGAUUGAUCUUCGUAGCGGUUACCAUCAGAUCCGCGUCGCUGCAGCCGACCAGCCGAAGACAGCGUUCCGAUCGCGCUUCGGCCACUACGWGUUUACGGUGAUGCCAUUCGGCCUCACCAAUGCACCCGCUACCUUUCAGAGGGCGAUGAACGAUAUCUUCAGGGACAUCCAAGAACAGUACGUUCUCGUCUACCUCGACGAUAUCCUGGUCUACAGUCGUACCCUUGAGGAGCACCUCAGACACCUCCGCGACGUCCUUGAUCGCUUGCGCAGACAUGGCUUCUACGCCAAGCUAAGCAAGUGCCGCUUUGCCCAACACAAAGUGGAUUUCUUAGGACACUACGUGUCUGACCAGGGUCUCCACAUGGACGACGCGAAGAUCACUGCUAUUGCGGAGUGGCCCGCCCCCACAUCCGCCAAGCAGCUUCGCAGCUUCCUAGGCCUGACCAGCUACUAUAGUAACUUCAUCCGGGGAUACGCUAGGUAUUCCUAUGUCCUUACCUCCACCCUCCUCCGGAAGAACCCACCCUGGGUUUGGACACCCCUCCACAAGGACGCCUUCCGCGCCCUCAAGAAGGCGGUGACAUGCGCAGCGGUCAUUCACUUACCCGAUUUUGAUCGCCCUUUUAUCCUUACCACCGAUGCGUCAGACUUUGCUGUAGGAGAAGUGCUUUCUCAGGUCUUCCCCUCCUCUCCUGAUUCCUCUCAUCCUCGUAUCCCUCGCUUCCCGCCACCUACCCCUACCACUGCUUCCUGUCUGAUGCGUACAUGUCCAGCUACUGACGAGCCCUCUAUUGACUAUUCUCCUACCAUCGCCGAGGACGACACUGUCGAGUCUCGCUCAGGUGAUUUUCCGAUAGCCUUCUACUCCCGUCAGCUCCUGUCCGCCGAGAUAAACUACACUGCUGAUGAACGUGAGGUUGUCGCAGUAGUUUAUGCCGCUCGGCACUGGCGUCACUACCUACACGGGGCACCAUUCACGGUGCGCACGGACAACUCUAUUGUCCAGGCUUUUCUUACAAAGUCGAAGCUCACUCCUCGACAGGCUCGCUGGUGGCGCGACCUAUCUGAGUUUAGUUUCACCACUGAGCACAUCAAGAGUGAGACUAAUCGGGUCGCAGAUGCCUUAUCCCGGCGCCCUGACCACGACCAGGAGCACAUCCAGCUCUCUUCCAUCUCGGUCACCACUGUCCACCACUCGGUGAUCGACAAGUUUCGCACUCAGUACCGCGACUGCCCCGACUAUCGCGACAUCCACGCGACCCUUCGGAGUGGCAAGACCGUCCCGAACUACUCUCUCGGGGACAACGGUCUUGUAUACUGGCACGGUUCACAGGGCACCAGAGAGCCCCGUAUUUGCAUUCCCUCCACUGGACAGCUACGUGUCCGAGCAGUAGCAGAGUUCCAUGACCAGGCAGUCGCCGGUCAUAUGGGCUUCCACAAGACGUUGGCUCGUGUGAGUUGCCUGUACGUCUGGCCGAAGCGCAAGAACUUUGUGAAGGACUACGUCGCAGAGUGUCCCACCUGUCAGGAGGUGAACAGUGCGAACCACCUACCUUAUGGUUUGCUCCAGCCUCUUCCUAUCCCUGAGGGUCGUUGGCAGUCUAUCUCGAUGGACUUUAUCGGUCCUCUUCGACCUCCGACCCCCCGCGAUCAUAAUGCUAUCCUGGUCGUCGUCGACCGCUUCACGAAGCGUGCACGCUUUGUUCCGUGCCGCUAUGCCAUCAGUGCACGUGAGGUCGUCGACAUCGUAUUUGACCGAGUCCUCCGCUUCUCCUCGUCUUACCAUCCUCAGACAGAUGGUCAGACCGAGAUCACGAACAGGACUCUCGGGGAUAUUCUCCGAAAGAUUGUUCGUGACGACCAGGAGUGGGAUCUCCAUCUUGCCCACGCGGAGAUAGCCUACAACCACGCCGUCUCGCCAGCCACGGGGAUGUCGCCUUACUAUUGCGACCUCGGCUACCACCCUCGUGUUCCCGCAGACUUCCUCCGACCGUCAUUGAUGCACCCCGACACGAGUUGUCCCGCGCUGGAUGACUGGGCUGCACACAUGACGUUGAUCAUGAAGACCGCACAUGAGCACAUAGCCGCUUCCCAGACUCGCAUGGCAGCACGUGCAAACCGAUCGAGGAUGGAUCAUCCAUUCAAAGUCGGUGAUGGCGUGCUUAUCGACGCUCGCCACUUACAGCUCGAACCGGACACGCUUCGCGAGUUUCGGCGCCGCUUCUUUGGCCCAUGCCGCAUCCUCCAGGCCGUCGGUUCUGAUACGGCUUCUAGCCCGGUCAGCUUCCGUGUGAAGCUGCCCAGCUACCUACGCCAGGCUCGUGUUCACGAUGUCUACCACGUCUCGUUAUUGCAUCCUUACCGCAGACCGUCUGAGCGUUUCGCCGGACGACCAUACGAGCGCCCUCCACCCAUCAUGGUGGACGGUCACGAGGAGUUCCUCGUUUCAAACAUCAUUGGUCGCCGAGUCACCGACGACAACCCUCCCCACGUCGAGUAUCUCGUACGUUGGAAGGGUUACCCCGAUGAGGAGGCUACCUGUGAGCCCCUCGAGCACUUGCAGCACGCUCGCAUGUUGGUGUGUGCCUAUGACCGUGCUCGUCGUGCUGGGUUCACUGCUCCUCCUCAGCCCACUGACCCUCCUUCUCCUCCGGCUAAGGAGACCGCUGAAGUCGAGCCUGCUCCAUCUGAGGCAGACCUUCAGCAGCAGCCGAAUGCUUCUGAGCAUCCACAGAGCACUCGCUGUCGUCCUGCUCGAUACGACGAUUGACUCUGACUUACCUUCCCACGUCUUUGACUUCUCAGUACUCCAUCCACAUCAGUUUUGCUACUUCAGC